AUGACGAAGAACCCGAGCCUUGAGGUUUCCAGCACCCCGGCGUCGGUGGAUCCGGGAGCGAAAGAUGGAACGCCGCAGCAACAGGGACUGACCAAGGUCGAGAUCUUGAGGAAAUCUUGGUCGCGGAAGGCACUGAUUGUCGCCUUCACGGGUCUCUUCGCAACGACCUUCAUUCUCUCCUUCAUCAAGUACUCGACCAAGGUUUACGAUGCAUACGCAACCAGCGCAUUUUCUAAACACUCGGCGCUUGCCACUGCCAAUGUCGUCUACACCAUCAUGAACAUGGCUGUCUAUCCGAUCAUGGCCAAGCUCUCGGAUGUGUUUGGCCGGGCAGAAGGCUUCUCUUUCUCCAUACUCUUCAUGGUCUUAUCCCAGGUGCUGUACGCGGCGUGCCAGAACAUCGGGACUUACAUCGCUGGCGGAAUCUUCGAGUCAAUCGGCGACACGGGCUACACCAUCAUGCAGCAGAUCUUCAUCGCCGACACGACGAGCCUCAUCGACCGCGGCCUAUGGUCGUCGCUGCCCGAAUCCGUCACGGCCAUCCCCACCCUCUACCUCGGCUCCAUCGUCGGCGAGAGCGUGCUGAAGCACUCGACCUGGCGCUGGGGCUACGGCAUGUGGGCCCUGAUCUUCCCCUUCUGCGCCCUGCCCCUCAUCCUGACCAUGUUCGUCCUGCAACGGCGCGCCGAGAAGAACGGCCUGCAGCGCCGCCGCCUGCACGACGCCUCCACCCCACACUCCUUCCUGCAACGCCUAUACAACCUCCUCUGGACCGAGCUCGACCUCUUCGGCGCGUUCCUGCUAGUCGUCGGCCUGGGCCUGACGCUGAUCCCGCUGUCGCUGACGGGCGCGAAGAACAGCGGGCGGUGGCACAACGGGUCGUUCAUCGCGAUGCUGGUGCUGGGCGUCUUCGUGCUCUGCCUCUUCGUGGCGUGGGACGCGCGCGUGGCGGCACGCCCGUUCAUCCCGUUCCGCAUGGUGCGCGAGCGCACCGUCGUCGCGGCGUGCGUGCUGUCCGCCCUCGACUUCUUCCACUACUCGUGCUUCACCACCUUCUUCCCCAGCUACCUGCAGGUCGCGGGCGGCUACUCGGCCGGGCACGCCACGCGCAUCGACAACUCCCUCCGCGUCUCCUUCCAAAUCGCCUCCGUCCUCGCCGGCCUGGCCAUGCGCUACACCAAGCGCUCGCAGCCCUUCAUCCUCCUCGGCGUGCCGCUCUGCCUCCUCGGCCAGGGCCUGCAAAUCCACCUCGUCUCGCGCGCCCACACCAACGAAGCCUCCUUCAUCACGGCCAAGGUCCUCGUCGGCGUCGGCCGCGCCUGCUACCAGACGGCCGCGCAGGUCAGCAUCCAGGCCGUCGUGGCGCGGUCCGACGUCGCCGUCGUUACCGGCGUCUUCUUCGCGGCUAUGAACCUCGGCGCCGCGGCGGGGACGAGUGUCGGGGGCGCGAUAUGGAAUAAUUUGCUGCCGGAGAAGUUGGAGGCGUAUUUGCCCGCCGCGAGUAAGGGGGUGGCGGCGAAGGUGUAUAAGAGUAUUGUUGUGGCGCAGAAGUAUGAGAAGGGGAGUGUGGAGAGGGAGGCGAUUGAUAGGGCGUAUAGGGAGACGCAGCGGGUGUUGGCGAUUGCGGCGACGGCGGCGUUGGCGCCGAUGGUGGGCGUGAUGUGGGGGUUGAGGAAUGUGGAUUUGGGGAAGGAGGAGGAGGAGGGGAGGGAGGGAGGCCCGCAGAAGGAGGAAGCACCGGCGGAGCCGGAGGCUGGGGUAGAGUCUGUGGAGAUGACGGCGAAGCGGGGGUGA